AUGGAGGACCACAAGAACGACGAAGGAGGCGGUGGCGGCGUACUGCGAUCGGUGCUUGAAAUGGACGAGCUGGAAACAAUCGGUGAUGGUCCCCGGAAAAAGAUCGAACAUUUCUAUGAGCAAAAGUUUGAAGAAUUCCUUACCGCCCAAGCCUUGAGCGAAACGCGAAAGUUCGAGCUCGAAAAUCUGAGAUCAAAAUACGAACAGCAGAUGGAGGAGCUGACACUGAGGGCGCAAGAUGAGGCAUCCAAGUUCCACUCCGCCCAGCAGGGCAACAAGCAGCUGCAAAUCGAGCUGGAGGACGUAAAGGAAGAGCUCCAAAAGGCGAAGGUGAGGCUCACACAGAACGACGCCGAUACGGCCCGGUUUCGGAACGAGCGCAACGAAGCCGUCAACGAGCGCGACACACUGCUGAGCGCCGUUCAGCGCAAGUCGCUCGAGGUCGAGCGGCUGCAGGCGGACGUCCUGUCGCUCGAACAGAAACUCAAAUCGGCCAACGCAUCCCGCUGCAAUGCGCUGGCCAAGCUGGAAGAGAUCGAGAGCAAAGAGUAUGCGCUCGAUCUGAAGGAAAAGCGAAUGGACCGCGAGCUAACGCACCGCGACAAUCAGAUCGCCAAGCUAACGCAAGAUCACGAUCGGGCCCAGCACGAACUGCAGAUGCUGCGGCGCGACCAAAACAUUCGCUCCCUAACGGUGGACACGAAACUGUCGGAAAAGACUGAGGAACUCAAGAUCGCCAACCAAACGAUCGCCCACCUGUCCGAGCGCGGCGCGGAACUGUCGACGAAGGUCGACGAACUGGCGCUGAAGCUGAAAAAACAAACCGAAGAAGCGUCCUCCAUGAUGGAUCACUACCGGAAGCAGCUCGAAUCGCAGAACCGGCUGUGCGAGUUGUUGCAGCAAAAUUCGACCGAUCAAACGCAGCAAACGCGGGAGCUAGAGAACGCCGUCACCGAGCUGCGCCGUAUGCUGGAAGAGGCCUCCGAAUCGUGCGGAGCGCUCGAGACGGACAAGAAGCAACUCGAGCUAAAGCACGCGGAUGAGCUCGCGGAAAAGGAGCGAACCAUCGGAGAGCUACGGGAAGAGCUGAAGCGUGCCAACGAGCUGCUGGCGGCGGUGCGCCGGGAAAACACCGAGCAAGCGAUCGAACGGCUAGCCCCGUCGGCAGCGGCCACUAGCCGUAUGAUACAGUCGGGCAUGUCGCUGACGGAGGUGUACACACUGUACGUGCGCACGGCCGAAUCGCACAAGAUCGCCGAAAAGGAGAACGAAAAGCUGAAACUGCAGCUGCGCAGCAUCAUGAGCGAGCUGGAGGAAAGUGCGCCGAAGAUCGCGCGCCAGGAAACGGAGUACCAGAUCAUGAAGGACUCGAACCAGGAGCUCACGAUGGAGCUGCAGCGAAUGAUCCGCGAGAAUGCGGAGCACAAAUCGGAACUGGCGGCCCUGCACGAGAAGCUGCGAACGAUCGAUGGUCUGAACCGUACGCUGCAGCAGGAGCGGGUCGACUUGAGCCGCCAGAUAGUGCACCUACUGGACACGAUGCAGCGGAUGCACGUGCCGGGCAGCGGGCACUUCUCGCAGACGGACCACAGUCUCGCGGGCCACGUCGAUGCGAAUGAGUUGAUCACGCGCAAGCUGAUCACGUUCAACGAGAUCGAGGAGCUGCAGUCGAACAACAUCAAACUGCUGAUGAUGGUGCGCGAUCUGAGCAGCAAGCUGGAAACGAUCGAGCAGAUUCCGGACACGGCGGAGCUGGAGACGGCACUGAAGGCGCGCGAGGAGCGCAUCGGCGAGCAGCAGAAGCAAAUCGGGGAGCUCGAGCGAAUGCUGCAGGUGUGCAAGGCGCAGCGCGACCGAUACCAGAAGCGCUUCCGGUACAGCGUUCCCACGGCUCACCACCACACGGCGAGCAUGGCGAACGGGGACGAGUCGUUGGAUGAUUCGGCGGGCCCGAUGGACAGCCCAAGUGCCAUGGCGGCGGCGGCGGCCGCAAGCACGGCGGCGAACGCGGCGCUGGCUGUCCGAGUGUCCGAGCUGGAAGAGAAGCUCCAGGAGCGCCAGAAAGAGCUGGUGGCCCUCAAGGACGAGUACGAGACGUAUCGGCGCGAGAAGCACACCAACGAUAAGAUGAUGAACGAGCACUUUGACAAGAUGCGCACCGAGAUCCAGGAGCUGUCGUCGGAGAACGUCAAACUGGUCGGCUCGAUCGAGUUCAAUGCCGAGCAGAAUCGCAUCAUGCUGCGAAACGCCGCCACGUACAAGAACCAGAUCGGCACGCUGGAGGAGCGCACCCGAAACUACGAAGCGACGAUCGCGAAGCACGAAGCCACGAUCAUGUACCUCAAGGACGAAGCGAUGAGCGCCCAGUCGAAGCUGGCCCGGGCCGAGGUGCAGCUCGAGAACCUGAAAGCGGAAUGCCGCAUCCUCAAGGACAACGAAGCGCGGCUCCAAGCGGAACGCCAGAUUUGGAACCGGGACAAGCAGAACCAGAACAUACUGCUCAACAACCUCGAGAUGAUCAAGGUGUCCAUGGAGCGGUCAGAGAACGAAGGCCGCCUACGGCUCGAGACUCGGCUGGACGAAACGUCGCGCGAAUGUUCGGCCCUCCGGCGACGGCUGCAGGAAGAGCAGGACCGGUUCCGCGAGCAGACGGUGCUGUUGCAACGCCAAACCGACUCGGCACGCCGCCGAAUGGAGGAGGAGGUGGCCGUCGCCGAAACGGUACAGGUGGAGUUGAAAAAUGCACGCGACGAACUCGAAAUUAAGUCCCGCAAAAUCGAAGAGCUCCAUCGGAAGCUCCAGGAAACGAUGCUACCGAACGACGACGACAAUCCGGUGACGCAGGCCAACCGAAAGGUGCGCGAACUGGAGCAGCAGCUCGAGGCCAAACGUAUCGAGCUCGAGGCACUCCAGACAGAAGUGGCCACGGCAAAGGGUCACGUGCAACAGUACGCCGAACUGGCCGAGGCAUCCGAGAAGGAGCUGAAGGAGUUGAACGAACUGUACACCAAGCUGCGCGAGACGAGCGACUCGGAACUGACCACCCUCCGCAAGGCGGAAGCGGAACUGAGCGCGCAGGUCUGUGAGCUGAAGACGCAGCUUUCGCUUAAAAUCACCGGCGCACAGCUGAGUGCCACCGCCGACGGUGGUGACCGCGAGUCGGAACUGCACAAGGCACAGCUCGAGUUGCGCGGCGCGCUCGAGAAGCUCGACGAACAAAACCGGGAGCUGCGCGAAACGCGCAUCAAACACAACGCGCUCCACGAGCAGCUUCAGCAGGCGGAACAAAAGUACUCGCACGAGAUGGUGCAGCACUCGAGCGACAUCCAGCAGCUGACGGCGCUGAAGGACGAAAUGCAGCGUCAGACGGCCCAGUUCGAAGAGCUACGGGAAGCGCGCGAUCGAGCAACGGAUCGGUUGAAGGCGGGCGAAGAGUCCUGGGCGAACCAAGAGCAGAGGCUGCGGGCGGACAUCAGCCAGCUGGAGGAACGGGUGACGGAUCUAAACGCCCAGAAUGGGGCGCUGCACGAUCAGCUGCAGAGCCUCAGUAUGCGGCUUUCGGUAUGCGCGGCCGGCCUGAACGAGAGCGCGGCCACCGUGACCGCCAACAAGGGCGACGAAACGGAUGCGGCAGAGCCGGCCGAUGAGUCGAUGACGGCCGCCGAUUCGUCGUUGCUGAACCGCUCGGUUCAGGAGGACGAAAAGGUGUCGGUCGAGCAGCUGCUGCAGAUCAUCAAGUAUCUGCGCAAGGAGAAGGACAUCGCGAUGGCCCGGUUCGAUCUGUUGCGCUCGGAGAACGUGCGCGUUCAGACGGAACUAAUGUCGCUGCAGAAGAAGCUCGACGAGGCGCAGAGCGAGCUGGCGGCGGACCGGGAACGGCACGAUGCGGGCGUAGUGACGGCCGCCAAACACGAAGAGAUCCUGCGCAAGCUGGACACGUACAACGCCAUCACCGACAGCAAUCGGGUGCUGCGCGAAGAGCGAGACGGGCUCGCGGUGAAGCUGCGGGAACUGUCCCAGCGUCUGCUGGUGGCCGAGGACGAGCUGUUCCCGCUGCAGGAGAAGGUGCGCGAGCUGACGGUGAAGAUCGAAUCGGCGACGACCGAGAGCACGACCCUACGCACGGAAGCGGCCCGCUGGCGGCAACGCGCCAGCCUGCUGAUCGAGCGCUCGAACAAAACGAACCCGGACGACUGGAAGCGGCUCCAGUCGGAGCGUGAGAAUCUGGCCAAAAUGCUCACCAACGAGAAGGAGCUGCUGAAGCGGGCCAACGACGAGCUGGGCACGCUCCGGUUGGAGCGAACGCGCCUCGAAACCGAGCUGGCCACCGUGGCUCGCAAGUUGUCGAGCGCCGCCGAAGAGACCCGUUCGCUGGCGGCGGAACGCGAUACGCUCCAGCAAUCGGUGGCGACACUGACCGGCGAAAAUGGUACCCUGAAGGGUGAGCUGGUGACCCGCGACACCCGGCUGGCCAGCCUGGAGGAGGAACUGGCCGGUGUGCAGCGGGAGCUGGCGGGCAAGGAAGCGCAGCUAACGGAUGCGAAAAACAAAGAACAACAAAUCCGCAAGAUCGCGAAGCGCUACAAAGAAUCGUACAGCGAGCUGCUGAAGGAAAUGGGCAGCGCUGGCCGAAACGUGGUGGACGGUUCGCCGGCGGACGGUUCGGCGGCCGCUGGUAGUGAUGCGGGCGAGGGCAGUUCUGCGACCGCGCAACUUGACGAACUCCGAUCGCAAAUGGUGACGGCCAACGAAGAGAUGGAUCUCCUGCGCAAGGAGAACGAGCUGUUGCGAGCCAAAAUGGAGAAGGCCGAUCGUAGCCAGGACGUGUCGGGGGAAAAGCAACGCAUCGCGGCCCUCAUGGAACAGAAGGGAAGCCUGGUGCGCGAGCUGGCCACCGUCAAGACGCAGCUGGUGCAGGUACGCGAAGAGCAAGAACUGCUCAAGGCCCAGUACGAAGCACGGUUGGCGCGCUACGAGAAGGACAGUGCCGAUGCGGAACGCGACAGCAAAGAGACCAUCAGUCGGCUUGGCCGCGAGAACGAACAGCUUACGAAUCGGUUGCACCAGCUAAUGGCACGCCAGGCUAAGCCCUCGACCAGCGCCGUCGUUGGGGCGGCUACCUCGGAGAAGGUGGCCAGCGAAAGUCCCCGGACGGCCAACGUGAAGCCGAUGGCAGGCCCGAGCAGCCAGCAGUCGGCAACCGUUACACCGCGCCGUGUCAGCGAAACGCCACUGGCCAGCAUUCGCCCGAUGGCAGUCGGUAGCCGAACGGCGGCCGUUCUCCCCACGAGCCAAACGGCCAACAGCAAUGUGGCCAUUGUGCAAGGAUCAUCGUCCUCUUCCUCGGUUGCCGCCCAGCCUUCUGCUGGCGUUUCGACGGCCGCCGCCCCAUCAUCGGCGGUGGCAGUGGCCGUGGCGAACGUCGUUGCCGGAGGGCCAGCGGUCGGAUCUGCGGGCAGCAGCACCACGAGCGGUGGUGUUGCUGGAAGUGGUCCGGCAGCAGCGGCGGUGGCAGGAUCAUCGAGUGUCACGACGGCCCUAGUUCCGCCGCAGCAGCAGGUUCACACGACGGCCUCCAGUAGCAGCGGCAGCAGUUUGAACGAAACGAUUGCUUCCUCGUCGCCCACGAGCUCGCACACGGACUACAUGCCGGCCACGAGUUCGGCCAGCGUAGCGGUAGCGGCCGUUCCGCCGAUGGGAUCGGCCACGACCUCCUCGAACGCGGCCGAAAGCUCCUCUUCUUCCACCUCGGUUAGCACCAUGCAGGCGAUGGCGAUUGAGAGCGACAGCAUGCCGCAACAGAUGAUGGCCGCCGGUAGCGACCAGGUCCAACAGCAACCGCAGCACCAACCACAGGCACAAGCCGCGGUUGCCAUGGUUUUACCGCACGUCGAAGUGAGCCAGCAGCAGCAACAGCAGCAACAGUCGUCCACAUCGCAGCAGCCUCAGUCUCAGCAGCAGCAACAGCAACCAUCGACCGCACAGGCAUCUCAGCUGGCCAACCUUCAGAUCAGCCAGCAGCAAGCAUCUUCGAGUAGCACCGUCACCACGACGCAGGCCGGCCAUAAACGGCCCCGGGAUGUUGAGGGUGACAGUUCCACCGACACGGUCGGGCAGCCAGCGAGCGGCAAGCAGGUGCCGGCAAAGAAACGGCUCCGCAUGCAGCAAGGCGCGACCGGUGAAGCAUUCCAGGGUGUGAGUGGUUCGAGGAAUGAGGUAGAGUAUCAGGUCCCGACGUCAUCGCAACGCGACCAAGAGGACGACACGGACGUCAUCGUCGUGGAUUCGGAAGGAGAGGUUGAGGACAAUGAAGCGGAUGACGUGGAAGAAGAAGAGGAAGACAUUGACGAUGACGAGGACGAAGAUGACGUCGGAAUGGUGGACGAAGGAACGGCCGAAGCCGACGAUGGCCCCCUGUUCGGUGAUGGUUACGAGGUGGGCGAAUCGUACGAAGCGCAGGAGGAACGCGGCGGCGUGGCAGGCGUAGGUAACUGCGAUGAAGGCGAAGGGCCCAAUAUCGAUGACGUGCAGAACAACGAAGUGGAUGUGGACGAUGAGCUGCGCAACGGGUGUGGUUCCUCGUCGACCACUGCGUCCACGUCGACUGCAUCGUCGAGCGGCGGCAAGUUGCAAUCGUCCGCGCAGCCUCCGUCCGUACAGCCGCAAGCCAUGGAUACUAGCGUGGCCGAAACUACCAGCAGCACCAGCGACGGUGUCGGGACGCACGGAGCGCUUGUGGUGGUGGGCCCGGUUAGUAGUGGUGCUGCCGGGUCAUCCACGUCGAUGGAAUCUUCCUCGUCCACGUCGGUGCUGGGUGAGCACGCAAACGAUGCACUGCAGCAACCGCAAACCCCCAGCACCACGACCAGUGGUGGUUCCGCCGGGGAACCGUCCUCGCUGCCGUCGGUGGGCAGUGCCAGUGGAACCACGGCACGGCAGGUAGUUAAUCCACUGUCACGCCAGCAGCAGCAAGCGGCCCAUCUGAUGCUGAUCCAACAGCAGCAGCAGCAGCAACAGAACUACGACGAAAGUGCGGACGAUCGCAUUGUUCCGAGCACGCCGACGCUCUACGCAACGCGACGGACCGACGGGUUCAGUGAAGCCGUCAGCUCGCCCCAUCCGCAGGUGCCGAGUGCGCGGUUCACUUUCGCCGAAACGUCCUCGCGCCAGUCCACGGCCGGUGUCGUACCGUCGAGCGGUGGUGGAGCCAGUUCCGUCGGCCAACAGAUGCUUCCCGAAGGGAUCGACGAGACGCGCAUCGACCUUUCACAGCUCGACGACGCCGCAGGUCCGAGUGGCAGUGGCCGCAGUGUGCCGACCACACCGCAACACACGUCGCACAGUACCAGCAUGCUGAUGGAGCACGGGACACCAUUGUCCAGCGGAAGCCGGGGACCCGCCUGUAGCAGCAGCAGUGCUGCCGGUGGCAGCGGCGGCGGCGAGAGUCAAGUUCCGGAUCUGCAGAUAUCCGGCACGUCGUCGGGCGGUGCGAUUGAGGAGUCGACUAGCGGUGGCAAUGGGAACGGCGGCAGCAGCAGUUCCACGGCCGGGCUGAUCAGCACGAGCGGAAACCUGGACACGACUAAGGAAGAACCGGUCCUGGAGUCGAGCACGUCGUCCGAGGCACAAGCCUCGUCGGCCACGUCGGACGUUGUCGAUCGUAGCGAGAAAGAGUUGCUCGAGGAGGAAGAGGAAGACGAUGACGACGAUGAGGCGAUGAUGGACGGUGGCACAACCUCCAGUGGCACCCCGCAGCAGCAGCUGCAGCAGCACCGUCGUAUCGAGGACGACGUCGACAUGGCCAGCAGCCCACAGCAGCAGCCCGGCCGGUCCAGCAGCAGCGGCAAACAUUCCGCACCCGAGUCGGUCACGGCCACCGGAACGACGGUUGUAGUGGCCGCGCUGGCGGUGCCCGGAACGAGCGGCACCUCAUCGCCAGUCGUUGCCGGAAUGUCGACUCCAUCGAGAACCAGCAGCGAGGCCGACGAUGGCGUAACGUCGGAGGGAGAGAAACUUUCCACCAACAUGGUGCAACCGAUGGACGAGAGCAGCGAAGCGGAUGUCCUGGAAACGCCCAGCAACAAUACUCGCUCCCGUUCCGGUAUUCCGCGGCGGGCACCGGAAACACGCCGCGAGCGUCGCUUUAGCACCGGCAAGCGUGGCGGUAACCGGACGCCGAUCACCUGGAGCGAAGGCAGAGCAUUGAACCGAGUUGGACCACCGCCCGGUAUGGGUUCGCCACCGCACGGCCGCCAGCCUCACUUCCAACAGCCACCGCCACAAUUCAUUCAACAGCAGAUGCACAUGCAACAUAUGCAACAGCAGCUCCAAAUGCAGCAACAACAAAUGCAGCAGCAACAGCAGCAGCAACAACAGCAGCAGCAGCAGCAACAACCAAAAGCUCCCCGGGGUCGUGGCUCCCGUCGUGGAAGAGGCCGCCCCGGGGGUGGUUUUCGAUAUAAGUAAGAAGGAGGUUUGGAAGCACUAAGAAACGCGCUAUUUAUAAGCUAAGACGGAGCCAACGUUCUUCGCGAAGAAUGCAGAGUUACUAACGGAACGGAAGCGGGCGUGUUAGUACGCGGAAGCAAGAGAAAGUCAAAGAAAUAUCGUGAGAAAAACCCGAUUUAUUAUUAUCCCUUACUGGCCACUUACCCAGAGCGAGUGCGUACGAGGCACGUGAAUCGAGACGAUACUAGGAAUAUGCGCUUCAAUUAUUAAGCACGUUACAUUGGUGUGCGAAACGGGAAGCGAAGCUAAUGCUCCACAUCAAUCUAAGGUCUGGUGAAAGGAGUGAAACAAUACGAAGACGAAUGCAUUGCUUUUCGUCCUACGCACUGCCUCACUUCGGGCCGACCACUUGGACUUCCAGGCCCGUCCAGAUCGGACUUAUUCGUAGUAUUAAGAAUGCUGUGUUUCUCGCGAGAUAUUAUACCUAAUAAAUCG